AUGGAAUCAAGCCAUAACUCCAGCGAGGAAGAACACGGACAGAACCGAAACUUCACCGUCGCCUUCUCCUCUGGCCAACGCCGACCAUGCCACAGACACCACCGCUGCCAUCACCACAGCAGCCACGGGAAGCACCACAUCACAGCCGCAACGCCCAUGGGAGCCACCUCUGCGCUGAGAGCUUCUCUCUCUUUCCCAGAUCAAGCUGCUAUAAGGGACCCAGAUCCUGUUGUUUUCCUUGAAAAUGAGUUGCUAUAUGGCGAGUCUUUCCCUGUUUCAGCAGAAGUUCUCGAUUCCAGCUUCUGUCUUCCAAUUGGGAAAGCUAAGAUAGAACGUGAAGGAAAAGAUGUUACUAUUACCGCUUUCUCAAGGAUGGUUGGUUAUGUUCUCAAGGCUGCUGAAAUUCUUGCAAAGGAAGGAAUUAGUGCCAAGGUUAUAAAUCUGCGCUCUAUUCGUCCACUUGAUAGAUCCACAGCAGCUGUGCAUUAUCUGAUGCCCAGAACUCAUCACUUUUUGUGA